CCAGCGGCCAGACGGGGCUCAGGCCCGAGAUGCUGGCCUCAGUCUCUGCUCGAGAAGAGUCCUGCGAGGAAGUCUUCUCUCCCCGUUCCCAAUUUCGAGCCACGGCAGUGCAUUCAGCUCCGAAUUUUUCUCUCGAGGAAAUUCAGCGGCAGGCCGUGAGUUGGAAAGCGUGAUAAGGGCUCCCGACCGAAGGAAGAAUAGCUGUGAGUGGCAAUCAGAUGGAGAGGAUGAGUCUCGUCCAUUAUCGAAUGCGCCUCUGCGCAGUUUCGUCAUAGAGGGCAGUGGGAUCGACCGAGGUCCUCGUACUUUUUCAGGGUCAUAUUCGCUGAAGCCAGCUCGUCUUCGUCGGGUGAAUCCAGUGAUUCAUGGAAUUUAAGAACGUCGUAUUCAACGCUGCAAGAGACGGGAAACUCUCCAAGCUCAAGUUUUUCCUUGAGCAUCGCCCGAGCACUGAGGUUCAUGAGCUGCUCAGAACCCGAAUCCAAGGAGCAACCCCCCUGUUGGUUGCUUGUCGCAAUGGGCAUUUCCAGGUUGCUGAAUACCUCAUUACCAAGUGCAAGGCAGAUAUCGAGUUGACUGGAUCAGUGAACUUUGAUGGGGAGAUGAUUGAGGAUGCCCCACCAUUAUGGGUGGCAGCUGCAGCUGGGCAUGAAGACAUUGUCAAGCUCCUUGUGGAGCAUGGAGCAAAUGUGAAUUCCACCACCAGAACAAAUUCUACUCCUUUGAGGGCUGCCUGCUUUGAUGGCCAUCUCAGGAUUGUCAUGUACCUCGUUGACCACAAAGCAGAUGUAGAAAUUGCCAACCGUCAUGGGCAUACUUGUCUCAUGAUUGCCUGCUUCAAGGGCCAUUAUGAAAUUGCAGCCUACCUGAUCUCACUCAAGGCCGAUGUGAAUCGGAAGAGUGGGAAGGGGAACACGGCCCUCCACGACUGUGCUGAAUCAGGCAGUCUAGACAUCCUAAGGUUACUACUCAACAAUGGAGCCAAGAUGGAUGUUGAUGCUUAUGGAAUGACCCCAUUAUUAGCAGCAAGUGUCACAGGCCAUGCACACAUUGUUGAGUACCUGAUCACCUUGUCGAGUGUGAGUAACCGGGAACGCAUUGAGGCGCUGGAACUCCUUGGUGCCACAUACCUGGACAAGAAGCGGGACUUCAUGGAAGCAGCGCGGCUGUGGGGACGAGCCCUCGACGAGCGGGAACGAGUGGGUCUCUUAAAGUGCCCCCAUCGUUCCCUCAUCUUGGCAUUUGAGAACUCGGAAGAGAUUCAGACCCGGUCAGAUCUGGAACGAACCAUGGCUGAUCCUGAUGCCAUGAGGAUGCAGGCCCUCCUUGUGCGUGAGAGGAUCCUUGGCCCCGCUCAUCCUGAUACUGCGUAUUGGAUACGGUACAGGGGGGCUGUGUAUGCUGAUGCAGGUGACAUCCGUCGCUGCAUCAACCUGUGGAUGUAUGCCCUGGAGAUGCAGCAGUUGAUGCUGGAGCCCCUUUCUGUGAUGACGCAGAGCUCCCUGCUCUCAUUUGCCGAGCUCUUUGCUUAUAUGCUCAAUAAGGGGAUUACUGGGACAUGUGAUAUUGGAGGAGAUAUGCUCGGGAUCUUCAGGAGCUGCCUGAAGGAGCUUGAGAAUGCUCCCAAAGAAGAGCACGGGAAAAUGGCGUACCACAAGAUGCUGCUCAUCACGCUGCACAUGGCGUGCCUCCUAGUCGAAUACUUCCGACCCCGCAAGUCUGCACCUCGUGCCGUCUUGGCCUCCCUCUACAAACUCCUCAAGAUGAACGCGAAGGGAAGGGACGGAAACGGUAGCCUGCACCUCGCGGUGAGUCGAGAGUCCUCGACGAUCGGGCGAUACCCCAUCUGCUCGUUCCCCAACCGAAGCCUCGUGUACCACCUCCUGGACCUGGGGACCGACGUAGAUGCCCGCAACGACGCGGGCGACACCCCUCUGCACGUGGCGGCUCGCAACAAUCCGUCGCACGCGGAGCUGCUCCACAUCCUCCUGAAGCGGGGGGCCCACCCGGACAUUCGAAAUUCGCAGGGCAAGACCUUCUCCCAGAUCUUGUGGGAACAGAGCAAAGAAACUGUGAACUUGGUCCCGUUCGUGAGCCUCCAGUGCUUAGCGGCACGCGUCGUGAAGGACCGGUGUCGCCCCGCUUGCAUCCCCCCUCAUUUAGUGGACUUUGUAAAUCAACACUGAUGCGUUGCUCCACUCGGUUUAAUUAUGAUCAUAAUUAUUACACUGGCCAAAUAAGCACUUGUGUGAUCCCUCACUUAAGGAUGAGUUUUUGGCUUUUUUUGCCCUCAACCAUCUCUAUGUUCGGCCUUCAGCCAGAAUAAAAUAAGUACAAGUUUGGUUUCAA